GACGCCUUCUGCGUGCGCGCCUCACUUGCCUCAAGUGUGCAAACUGCAAGGCUGGAAAAGCGCAGGGAAGGAAGUCAUCGGAGAGCUGUAGUCUAGUUUGUUGCUGUUGCAGGAUAUCCUUCCAGCUCCUCACAGAAAUUCCAGGGAUUUUUUUUGGUGGUUGUUCACCCUCCUCCUCCUCCUCUCCCCCUGCCCUCCCCGCCUGUCGCGCUGUCUCGCCAGACUCUUGACUGUUUCUCCAAGAAUACUUCAGAAAAGUGUGUUUUAGCCGCUAGAAAGGGGGAUUCGACCACUGUGAUGACUGUUAAUCCAUGUUGGCAUCCAACCAGUCGUCCUGCCGUUUCUUUUGGAGCCGUCAGCGCCAACGGAAAAGCUGGGACGCAGACGCAUGCCUGUUUUUGCGCUGGACUAACGGGACACUUAGAUGGGAGACUUUGUCUUCAAAAACUUUAAGAAUAUUUUCCUCCUCGUUCACGGUCCGGAUUGGUCCUGGGGGGCGCUGAUCGUGCGCGCUGAGCCUGGAUUUUACGCACGGGAUCGUUUCUCCGCUCUCGAAAUACUGCCAGUCGACACCAUGUGUCUCUGAUUUAUUCUCCGAGCCAAAGUGUGGAUUUAAACCGCUGUAUGAUUUGUGUUGACUGCGCUGUCUUCCCCACAAAACUGCCGCAAAGCCGAGAGUCGCACAUCAUCAUGCGCAGCUUGUUGGAGAAAAUCUGAUGCAAAAUUGAGGGAAGUGGAGAGGCAGCAUGACCUGCGCUCUGGAUUUCUGUCAGUCUACAUUCCAUUCUCAUAUACCUUAAUGCUGUUCAAUUUUGGUUUACAAAUAUGAUGAAAUGGCAGCCCCGGAAGAAGGCAUACUUCCGACAGGGUGUUGCCCUUCAGUACCUUGGUCGCCAUGCCGACGCACUUGCUGCCUUUGCUUCCGGAUUGGCUCAAGAUCCCAAGAGCCUACAGCUACUGGUGGGCAUGGUAGAAGCUGCCAUGAAGUCACCUUUACGAGAGUCUCUGGAGCCCACCUAUCAGCAGCUGCAAAAGAUGAAGCUGGACAAAAGUCCCUUUGUGGUGGUGUCUGUGAUUGGCCAGGAACUGCUGACAGCAGGCCACCACACCGCCUCUGUUGUGGUGCUGGAAGCCGCUUUGAAGAUCGGCACGUGCAGCCUCAAACUACGUGGCUCUGUCUUUUCAGCCCUCAGCAGCGCCCACUGGUCGCUGGGCAACACGGAAAAGAGCACCGGCUACAUGCAACAAGACUUGGAGGUGGCCAAGACCUUAGGUGACCAAACAGGGGAAUGCCGUGCUCAUGGGAAUCUGGGUUCGGCAUUCUUCUCCAAAGGCAACUAUCGUGAAGCGCUGACCAACCAUCGUAACCAACUGGUUUUGGCCAUGAAGCUUAAAGACAGAGAGGCUGCUUCGAUGGCUCUGAGCAGCCUGGGCCACGUGUAUACAGCCAUCGGAGACUAUCCAAAUGCACUCGCCAGCCACAAACAGUGCGUCCUGCUGGCCAAGCAGUCCAAGGAUCAGCUGUCUGAAGCUCGCGAGCUGGGCAACAUGGGGGCUGUCUACAUCGCCAUGGGAGACUUUGACAAUGCUGUCCAAUGCCACGAGCAGCACCUGGGCAUCGCCAAGGCACUGGAAAACAAACGAGAAGAAGCUCGGGCCUACAGUAACCUGGGCAGUGCUUAUCACUACCACCGUAACUUUGACAAGGCCAUGUCCUACCACACUCAUGUUCUGGAACUAGCCCAGGAACUGGAGGAAAAGUCCAUUGAGAUGAGAGCCUACGCAGGACUGGGUCAUGCUGCUCGCUGCAUGCAGGACUUGGAAAGAGCCAAGCAGUACCACGAACAACAGCUGUCUAUAGCUGAAGGCUUGAAAGACAGAGCUGCAGAAGGACGGGCCUCCUCCAAUCUGGGCAUCAUCCACCAGAUGAAAGGGGACUAUGAGACCGCACUGAAACUCCACAAAACACACUUGGCGAUUGCUCAGGAGCUGAAUGACUAUGCCGCUCAGGGCCGAGCCUAUGGGAAUAUGGGUAAUGCCUACAAUGCCCUGGGAGCGUUUGACCAGGCUGUACGUUACCAUCGCCAAGAGCUGCAGAUCUCCAUGGAGGUCAAUGACAGAGCCUCACAGGCCUCCACCCAUGGAAACCUGGCUGUGGCCUACCAGGCUUUGGGAGCCCAUGACCGGGCAUUGCAGCAUUACCAGAACCACCUCAACAUCGCUCGUGAGCUCAGAGAUGUCCAGAGUGAGGCACGGGCUUUGGGCAACCUGGGCAACUUCCACUGCUCUCGAGGAGAGUUCCCUCAGGCUGUGCCAUACUAUGAGCAGUACCUCCGGCUGUCCCCUGACCUCCAGGACAUGGAGAGCGAAGGGAAGGUUUGUCACAAUCUGGGUUAUGCCCACUACUGCUUGGGCAACUACCAGGAUGCUGUCAAAUACUAUGAGCAGGACCUAGCGCUGGCCAAGGACCUUCAUGACAAACUGAGUCAGGCCAAGGCUUACUGUAACCUAGGUCUGGCAUUCAAGGCCCUGGGAGACUUCACCAAGGCAGAAGAGUGUCAGAAAUACCUUCUGUCACUGGCUCAGUCUCUGAACAAUGCUCAGGCUCGCUUUAGAGCUCUUGGUAACCUGGGAGACAUAUUUGUCUGUAAAAAGGAUGUGGCUGGAGCCAUUCAGUUUUAUGAGCAGCAGCUGGCCUUAGCUCACCAGGUUAAGGAGCGUAGGAUGGAGGCCUGUGCCUAUGCCGCCCUCGGGGCUACCUACAGAUUGGUUCAGAAAUAUGACAAGGCGCUAGGCUACCACACCCAGGAACUGGAGGUUUAUCAAGAGCUGGGUGAUGUGUCAGGAGAAUGCAAAGCCCAUGGGCACCUGGCAGCUGUGUACAUGGCCCUGGGGAAGUAUGCCAUGGCCUUCAAGAGUUACGAAGAACAGCUGGAGCUAGGUCGAAGGUUGAAAGAUCCUGUUGUGGAGGCUCAGGUGUAUGGCAAUAUGGGGAUCACUAAAAUGAACGUGGGUGUGAUGGAGGAAGCCAUUGGCUACCUGGAGCAGCAGUUGGCUACUUUGCAGCAGCUGAGUGGCAAUGAAGCAGUAAUGGACAGGGGCCGGGCCUAUGGGAACCUGGGAGAUUGUUACGAAGCAUUGGGUGACUAUGAGGAAGCCAUCAAGUACUAUGACCAGUAUCUGUCGGUGGCCCAGAGCCUCAACCGCAUGCAGGACCAAGAGAAGGCCUACAGAGGUUUAGGUAACGGACACAGGGCCAUGGGUAACCUACAGCAGUCACUGGUGUGUUUUGAGAAGCGGCUGGUAGUGGCUCAUGAGCUCGGGGAGUGUGGAGGAAAGGCUCAGGCCUAUGGAGAACUGGGAGCACUGCAUAGCCAGCUGGGAAAUUACGAGCAGGCCAUCUCCUGUCUGGAACGUCAGCUGGCCAUCGCUCGCGACACCCGGGACAGACUGCUGGAGGGUGACGCCAGCUGCGGUUUGGGUGCUGUAUACCAAGCUAUGGGAGAGUAUGAGACGGCGCUGCGAUGCCACCAAAGUGAUCUGGACAUUGCAGACGAAGCGGGCAGCCCUGCACGCCAGGCCCGUGCCUACGGAAACUUGGGCCUUACCUAUGAAUCCUUGGGGAACUACGAGCGGGCGGUGGUGUUCCAGGAACAGCACCUCAGUGUGGCAGCUCAGACAAAUGACUUGGCUGCUAAGACGCUGGCCUAUGGCAGCCUGGGCAGAACACACCACGCACUGCAGAACUACUCACAGGCUGUCAUGUACCUGCAGGAAGGCCUGCGGCUGGCAGAGCAGUUGGCUCGGCGUGAGGAUGAAGCGAAGAUCCGCCAUCGUCUGGGGCUUUCUUUGUGGGCCAGCGGGAAUCUGGAGGAGGCCCAACAUCAGCUCUACAGGGCAUCUGCACUGUUUGAGACCAUACGCCAUGAAGCCCAGCACAGCACCGACUACAAACUCUCCCUGUUUGACCUGCAAACAUCCUGCUACCAGGCACUUCAAAGAGUCCUUGUUAGCCUGGGUCACCACGACGAGGCUCUGGCAGUGGCAGAACGGGGUCGUACGCGGGCCUUUGCUGACCUCUUGGUGGAGAGGCAGACAGGCCAACAGGACUCGGACCCUUACACCCCAGUAACAGUGGAGCACAUUUUGGACACCGUCAAUAGCCAGAGGGCUCUGGUGCUUUAUUUCUCAAUGGCUGCUGGUUACCUCUACAGUUGGCUGCUGGCUCCAGGAGCAGGCAUCCUGAAGUUUCAUGAGGUGUACCUUGGUGAGGGAGUGUCUGAAGGAGGGUCAGAGUUCCAGGAUGGAGGAGGGGGCGGGGGUGUGGUCAGCGGCUCCUCCUUGGAGCAGCACAUUGCUAGUGCUCGUGAGGCUUUGGGAGUAGAGUCCUAUUACAGCAGAGGGUGUUCCAGCAGUGAGACGGAAAGUGAGGCAGGAGAUUUGUUGGACCAACAGUUCGAAGAGCUCAACAACAAGCUUAACUCGGUCACUGAUCCAACAGGCUUCCUGCGCAUGGUCUCCAGAAACAACUUGUUCAACAGGAGUUGCCAGAGUAUGACCAGCCUGUUCAGUAACACCAUGUCUCCUGCCAAAGACGGCAGCUCAUCCCUGCCUCGUCGCUCCAGCAGCCUCAGCAAGCCUCCACUCCGGGCACUUUAUGAUUUGCUCAUUGCACCUAUGGAGGGGGGCCUGAUGCACUCCAGUGGACCUGUUGGCAGACACAGGCAGCUUGUGAUGGUGUUGGAGGGAGAACUGUACCUCAUUCCCUUUGCCCUGCUCAAAGGAAGCUCUUCUAAUGAAUACCUGUAUGAACGCUUCAGCCUCAUCGCUGUUCCUUCCAUCCAUGGACUUGGAUCCACCACAAAGGGUCACUCACGGCGCAGUGGACCACCUCCAUGUGGCGGUGUCUCUAUGGCAGCAGUGGUGGGAAAUCCUCGGCUGCCUUCGCCUGUGAUGGACCGCUGGCUGUGGGGGCCCAUGCCCUCUGCAGAGGAGGAGGCUCUUAUGGUCGCUGAGCUUCUAGGCUGCCAACCCCUGGCUGGCUCUUCUGCUACUAAAGAGAGGGUGAUGAGCGCCCUCACACAAGCUGAAUGUGCACACUUUGCCACCCACAUUUCCUGGAAAUUGGCAGCGUUGGUGCUUACCCCAAACCCAGAGUGCGUGCCUGGUGGGGCAGGUCCCAGUGUAGGAGUUGGAACAGUGGGAAGAGGUGCUGGGGGGAGGAGAGGGAGCAGUAGUCGAGGUAGGAAGGGCUCCAUCGGAAGUGGUUACACUCUCCCAGAGUCUCUCCACUUGCAAGAUGAUAGCAGUGAUGUGGAAAGCAUCUGCGACAGUCCGCCCCUACAGGAGUUCCUGCUCACAGCUGCAGAUAUCUUGGACCUAAGGCUGCCUGUUAAGCUGGUGGUUCUUGGGUCUUACCAGGAGUCCAGCAGCAAAGUGACAGCAGAUGGUGUGGUGGGCUUGACGAGGGCUUUCCUGGCUGCUGGUGCUCAGUGUAUCCUUGUGUCUUUGUGGCCUGUUCCUGUGGCAGCCUCUAAGGUUUUCGUCCAUGCUUUCUACACUGCCCUUCUCAAUGGGACCAAAGCUAGCGCAGCACUAGCCGAUGCUAUGAAGACUGUCCAGAGUAGCAAGCAGUACACACACCCCUCCAAUUGGGCAGGUUACAUGCUGAUUGGUAAUGAUGUGAAGCUUAACAGCCCAUCAUCCCUGAUUGGUCAAGCUUUGGCUGAGAUCCUGCAGUAUCCUGAGAGAGCACGUGAUGCUCUCAGAGUUUUACUCCACCUGGUGGAGAAGUCUCUUCAGCGGAUACAAAAUGGGCAGCGCAACUCCAUGUACACGUCCCAGCAGAGUGUGGAGAAUAAAGUGGGGGGUGUCCCUGGUUGGCAGGCCUUAUUGACAGCUGUGGGCUUUCGCCUUGACUCUGCAGGCACCGGUAUCCCUGCUGCAGUCUUCUUUCCCACUGCUGAUCCAGGCGAUAGGCUCCAACAGUGCAGCACCACCCUGCAGUCACUGCUCGGUCUUCCGCCUCCAGCUCUCCAAGCUUUGUGCAAACUCAUCACGGCUUCAGAGGCCGGAGAGCAGCUCAUCAAUCGGGCUGUUAAAAAUAUGGUGGCAAUGCUCCACCAGGUGCUAGUACAACUCCAGACAGGAGAGAAAGAACAGGAUUUCUCCCUCCUUCCCAUUCAGGUGUCCAUCAGUGUGCAACUAUGGAGACUGCCAGGGUGCCAUGAAUUCCUGGCCGCUUUGGGAUUUGAUUUAUGCGAGGUUGGCCAAGAAGAGGUGGUGCUGAAGACAGGCAAGCUUGCAAACCGUCGCACCUUGCACUUUGCUCUCCAGUCUUUGUUGGCAUUAUUUGACUCUACAGAACUGCCUAAGCGUUUGAGCCUGGACAGUUCAUCUUCCCUUGAGUCUCUAGCUUCAGCUCAAUCUGUGUCAAACCCCCUGCCCAUGGGAUAUUCAAGUCUUCCUUUCUCUCCCCUUUGCCAGGACAAUCAGGCAUCUGAUGCCAUCUCUGUCUAUAGCCUCAGCUCUAUAGCAUCAUCCAUGAGCUUUGCUUCGAAGUCAGAGUGUGAUUUCCUUGGUCAUCGGCAACGCGGCGGGGCCACAGCACACUACUCUAUCCACAAGCACCCUCAUAUUUCCCGUAGUCGCUCCUCGCCUCAUGGGGCAGCUGUUGCAGUGCCAGGGGCCAGAGGGGAGGAAGAAGAAUAUGAGGGAUUUUCCAUUAUCAGCAGUGAGCCCCUGGGAAGCCACUGUGACUCUUUACCUCUGCCUCCAGGCCACAGCCAACGCCACCAUCGUGGAGGCAGGGGGGUUGUUGGCGGGUCCAGCACAGGAGCAGGAAGAUGCUACUCUGUAUCGGUAUCAUCAAGGGGCAGUGUCAGCACCCCCACCUCCCCUGUCAAAACUUGCUUGGUACCCAGCCCCAAUUCACCUUUCCAGAAGGUGGGCAAGGUGAGCAGCUCAGAUACAGGGGAAUCUGACCAGUCUAGUACUGAGACUGACAGCACUGUUAAGUCUCAGGAAGAGAAAACUGUCCCUCUGGACCCGCAGGAACUGGCUCAGAAAAUUCUGGAGGAGACUCACAGCCACCUACGGGCAGUGGGAAGUCUUCAACGGGCAGGGCCAGAAGGUGGGACAUCAGGAGGUACCUCAGCUCGAAGCAGCGCUUUCCGCUCUUCAGAAACUAGCGCAUUCAGCCGUCCUAACAGCAGCGCUAGUGGCCGAUCGCAGUCUUCCCCAAGACCCAAACCCCCUUCCAGAUCCUCAUCUCUUCAGAAGAUAAGCUCUGGGUACAACAGCCCUGCAGUAUCUGAGUCUUCUCAAAAGGAGGGCAGCCAUCCUUCACCCACUUUGGACAGCCAUGCUCAGUUUAAGUUGAAAUAUCCCAGCUCCCCAUACAGUGGCCACAUCUCUCGUUCUCCCAGUAAUGUGUCUCCCAGUUCCGGGCACCAGUCCCCAGCUGAUAGCGCUCCUUCUCCUGCCUUAUCCUACUCUUCUACAGGUUCUGCUUGUUCCACGUCCACUGAUGGCCCAGACUUGGACCGGCUGAGAAGAGGGGUUAUUGAUGAGAAGGUCCAAGCAAUCCACAAUCUGAAGACCUUUUGGGCUAAUGCUGCAGCCCAGCAACAACAACAUCUAGGUCCACUCAAAGCUGUCCACGGUGCUCCAGGACCUUUGGCUUCAGCCAGUAGAGAUGUACUGAGUCUUCUGAACCUCUCCCCACGCCAUUGUUCCCCUAAUGAUAACCAAGACAGCCUGGAGUUGCGGGAGCUUGGACUGCAGUCUGCAGAUAGGGCUAGCAAGAACCCUUCCAAUGGACACCACUGCUCCAACCCCAGAAAAGUAGCUCCCUCACCCACUAUUUCCACAAGCACUAGCCCUGGUGCUCGUUCGAUCCGACUACCUGCUGGCAAUGGCUACAAGUUCCUGUCACCCGGAAGAUUUUUUCCUUCCUCUAAAUGCUGAGACAUGACAAAUGGUCCUAUACUUUUAUGUAUCAUUUAUUAUCCGGUGUGCUGGAGGAAAUGGGCACUUUUUGAGGACCACUGUUAGUCUGCAAAGUUUGAUUGACAGUGAAAUGGAUUUGAUUGGUCAGUAUAAUUCUGCAGAGGCACAUGAUUGCUUCAGAGAGUGACUUGUCUUUGUGCCCCCAACACUGUAAAUGGCAAUGAGAAACACUCAAUGACCUGAUACUGUGUUUGUGUGUAACUGUGUCAGGUAAAUGUAAACGCCAUUUGAUAUUUUUCCCUAAAACUUUGCUGUUUGUGUGGGCCAACAUGCAACAGAUGACUGACUUCCUCCAUUCUGGUUUAUGUUUGAAAUUUAAUGGUUAUUGUUAUUAUUGUUUGUUAUUGUUAUUAAUAUAAUAAUUAUUAUUAUGUUUUGUAAAUUAAUUCUAGUGUUUCACAAUCAGUAUUAAGCGUUUUUAUAUUAUAAAAAAGUGAACAAAACUGUACCAUGUAAAGAUGGAUAGAGUGGGAAAAAGAUUUAAUAUUUUUUAAUGAAAUCAAAAGGCCAUUUUGCCUGAUUUCUUUGUGAAUUGAGUGUCUGCUCUGAAGCAUGAAUUCUCUUGCUAUUCAGUGUUAAGUACCACGUAUGACUUUUUAGCCCAUGAUUAUUAAUUUUUUUUUUGAGAUCCAACAUGAAUAUUUCAUGACAUUUGUCAUUCACCAGUAAACUGUUUCAAUAAAAAAAA